GCAGCGGAAGCUUCAGGGUUUGGGAACUCCUGUCAUGUUCCCAGAUUGUCUGCUGACUGUGUAGCCUUGGGGGUGGAUGGAUGUUGGCGUCCAAACUAUUCAGCAGCUGCAGACAGCAGCCUGAUUCUUCCUGGGGGGCUGAGCCGCCAGCACGUGGGAGUAUGGGGACACUCAGUCACUCUGGAGGUCAGGGCACAUGGGCACCCAAAUUUGGCACCCGAGGUCCUGACCCUGUAGUAGGAGGCAGGCAGGAAGCUCCGGUGCAGAGCUGCUCUGUGCAUCUGACUGCUGGGGCUGCCUGCAUUUGUCUCAUGGAAGAAUCAGGGUCUAAAGGUUGGAGACUUAGGCAUAGCAUCUUGGUUUCCCCUCUGGGUGAAGAAACAGUGCGUUAGUUAAGCCUGCUGAGUGCUUUGAGAUGCGGAGCUGGAGCGUCUGCUCAAGUGCAGCCAGCGCUCCAAUUCUUGGAAGCUAGGUACAAGUUGUUUGUGCUCAAACUGUCCAUGCUAGCCUUAUCUUGAUGGGUCUGUGCCCUUGUUUUAGCUGCUUCAGGAAGCCCUGUUGAGCAAGUGGCUGAGCAGUAGGACUGGGGGGAGGAGGGAGGGAGGGGGGUCUGGCAGGAAGUUGCACGUCUCUGAUCUCUGAAGCUCCCCGAGCGGAGACACGAGCAUCCCCACGGCCCUUACAGAGAGGAGCCGCCUGCCUUCCUUCCCCCUGCCUCUGGAGACCCAGGUGAACACGUGCCAGGUGACAGCAGAACUUCUGUAUUUCGUGAGGCUGUGCCAUGCUGGUCCUGCCAGGGCUCCUCGCGGCGCUGCUGGGCUGGACUCUUGCUCUGGACCCAGCCCUGGAAGAUGGAUGGAGAGGAUGGAAAAGCUUCCAUGCUAAGGAGUAUCUCGAGGACGAUGAAGCUUUCCGGAAGGAGACCUGGGCGAAGAACCUGCAGCGGAUCAAGCAGCACAACCUGGAGGCAUCUCAGGGGAAGCACAGCUACCACCUGGAAAUGAACCACUUUGGGGACCUGACGGAUGAAGAGUUCAACCAGGUUGUGAACGGCUUCAUUCCCGACACCGCCCAGCAGCCCGGUGGGAUAGAGCUCCUCUUCCAGGAACCAGCUUCUCCUGCGACCCUGAAAGAGGUGGACUGGCGAGCGAAGGGUUAUGUCACCCCCGUGAAGAACCAGGGCUUAUGUGGGUCAUGCUGGGCUUUCAGUGCCACCGGGGCCCUGGAGGGCUUGGUCUUCAACAAGACAGGCAAGCUGGUGCUGCUGAGUGAGCAGAACCUCAUGGACUGCUCCUGGAAGCUGGGGAACAGCGGCUGCCAUGGGGGGUACAUCACAAGGGCCUUCCAGUAUGUGCAUGACAACGGGGGCAUCAACUCAGAGCGCAUCUACCCCUACCUGGGACAGGACGGCUCCUGCUGCCGCUACAACAUCCAGGACAAAGCGGCCAACUGCACCUCCUUCCGGCGGGUCAAGCAGGGCAGCGAGGCAGCCCUGGAACAGGCGGUGGCUACCGUGGGCCCAGUCUCGGUGGCGGUGGAUGCCAGCAACUUUGAGUUUCACUUCUAUCGGAAAGGAGUCUUCAAUGACAGCCACUGCAGCCGGACAGUGAGCCACGCGAUGCUUGCUGUUGGCUACGGCACGACCCAGGAGGAUGGGAAAAGCAAGGACUACUGGAUCCUAAAGAACAGCUGGUCUGAGCGCUGGGGUGAACAAGGCUACAUCCGGCUGUGGAAAGGAGACAACCACUGCGGGGUUGCCAAUCAAGCCAGCUUUCCUGUCUUGUAGCCCCUCAGACCCGCCAAGGGGCCUCUAUGCUGGAACAGCGUUCAUCCCACUGGAAUCCUUUCCCCUUGAUUGCCUUCAAGUCUGGAUUUUUCUCCUCCGAACACCACUCCUUUGGGCCCCCAGCCAGGAUUUCGGGGUGGUUUCUUUGUUGCUGCAGGUUCAGAUUUCACCUGCCUUUACUAGCAAUUAAGUCGUGUUGCAAACCGCUUUUCUAAUCGGGAUGUGCGGUGUCCCGUCUGCACCGAGUGAGAUGGAGUGUUCUCUGCCUAACGCGUUCCCAAGAUAACUGUGCAAAGCAAGCUCUUUGUUGGGCGGAAACAAGAUUAAAGAGGCUUCUCCACCGGAGCUCUCUGUGUACGACAAGCCUGGCAUUUCCUUCGGCCUUUGUAGCUCAUGCUCCAAAGCCAUCCGAGACUGCUCCAGACUGGGUGGCAGCCGAGCUAAGGAGAAUGGGGGGGAAAGCACUCGGGACCUGCUCCUGCCUUAUUUUUGCCCUGUCUGUGCACUGUAUGUUGACUUGCUUUCUGCCCCCCAACAGUUGUUGGUGGAGAGCAAUGUGCUUACAGACCCAAGCACGCUGGUGGGGAUAACGUCGGCAGAGCCCAGAUGCCCUGCAUUCAGACAGGGAGUCCCUCGGAGAGCUGUAGCAAAAGGCAAUGACAACUUCUAGACCCCUGCCUUCCUACAACAUAAGAACAUAAGCCGUGCCAUGCUGGCUGAGACCAAUGGUCCAUCUAGCCCAGUACUUUGUGUCCAACAGUGGCAGAAAUGGAUGCUGGAGAGAGAAAGCUUUGAACCAGACAUCUCCAGUGAUCUUUCCCCUAUUGGGAAUCCUCCUUGGCAUCUCCCAAUAUUGGGUGAUAGAUGCCGGAGAAAACAUCUCCAGCCGUUCUGUUCCA